AUGGACACCUACCUCAGCAGAGACAGCUACCUCAGCAGAGACAGCUACCUCAGCAGAGACAUCAAUUUAAGCAGAGAAAGCAACCUAUGCAGAGACAUUUACCUAAGCAGUGACAGUUACCUAAGCCGCGUCUGGGACAGUUACCCAAGCAGAGACAGUUACCCAAGCAGAGACAGUUACCCAAGCAGAGACAUCUACUUAAGCAGGGACAUCUACCUAAGCAGGGACAUCUACCUAAGCACGGACAGCUACCUAAGCACGGACAGCUACCUAAGCAGUGACAGCUACCUAAGCUGCUUCAUCUACCUAAGUGGAGACACUACCCUAAACGGGAACAGCUGUCUAAGCAGGAACAUUUACCUAAGAAGGGACAGCUACCUAAUCAAGGACAAUUGCUUGCGCAGGUUCAGCUACCAAGCUGAUACAAGACAGUUAACUAAGUGCAACAGAUACCGAAGCAGAGACAGCAACCUCGGCAGAGGCAACUACCCAAGCAGAGACAGCGACCCAAGCAGACACAGCGACCCAAGCAGAGACAGCUACCGAAGCACAGACUGUUACCUAAGCAGUGACUGGUACCUAAGCAGUGACAGUGACCUAAGCCGCGACUGGGACAUUUACCUAAGAAGGGACAGCUACCUAAGCAGGGACAACUGCUUGCACAAUGUUCAACUACCUAAGCUGAUACAGUUACCUAAGGAUGGACAUCUACCUAAGCAGAGAAUGUUAACUAAGCAGCGACAGAUAUCUAAUCAAGGACAGCUAUCUAAGCAGGGACAGCUACCAAAGCAGUUAAAGUUAUUUCAGCAGGAACAGUUACCUAAGCAGAGAAAGCAACCUAAGCAGGGACAGUUACCUAAGCCGGGACAGUUACUCAAGCAGAGACAGCUACCUAAGCAGGGACAGCUACCUAAGCAGAGAAAGCAACCUAAGCAGGGACAGUUACCUAAGCAGGGACAGUUACUCAAGCAGAGACAGUUACCUAAGUUGUGA